UCAUGACUGAUUUGAAUGUUCUUUUUUAUGCUCUCGUGGGCUAUGGGUUUAAGGGCAGCUGAAUAAAGUCAUCAUGAAGGAAGACAUGAAUAAGGAUACAGACAACACCCCAAUUGUCAUUGUCCUCCUCUUCAUAUGGAUCAUACUUGUUCUGGCUCUGCUGUACUUUUAUAAAAAACUUAAUGCAGACACAAAUGGACAGUACACCGUCCAGCGCAUUGUCUUCGCCCCUGGCGGCCUACGGGAUCGAUUGAGACAAGGAGUCGGGGUUGUGGAGAACAGACUUGGUGUCCACAUUUGGCCUCGACAGCGUGACGACGAGGAGAACAUAGGAGGUAAUGAUGAAGAGGACAAGGAGGGUGAAGGUCAUGACAAACAGAAUGACAGUUACACGGAGGAGGGAGAACAACAGGAAAAUGAUGACGGGGAUGAUUCUUCAGAUGACUAUUCCAGCGUUGACCUGAGGGAGAGGGCAAAGAUGCAGAUAACGAAAGAAGAGAAGGAUAAAGGUGAGAAAGAAAAGGAGGAGAAGGAGGAGGCAGCAGCGGGAGAAGAGGAUAAAAGUCAAGAAGUGAAGAAUGAAGAGAAAGGGGAAUUGAUAGAUCUGACACCGUUUACUGGUAGUGCAAGUUGGUCUAAGGAAAACAAAGAUGGAAAUGAUGGAAAUGACUUGACUGCUUUAUGAAAAGCUCAGAGACAUUGCCUUUGAAUUUAAUAGGUGGGAAAUAAGGUGGCUUGGCCCAGUGGGUGGCACGAAACAUUUUUUUUUAUAACUAUGAGUCAGUUUAACCCUGUAAUUUUUAUUUUUUUAUUUUUUAACUAACAGUUUAUUGACAUCCCAUUAAAACAAAUGUUAAAAAGGUUUUCAUAUGUGUUUUGGCUGAUAUUUAUAUGGAAAAAAGUAUAGCUUGUAAUGUAAAUCAAUGAUAUGUUCAUAAGAAUAUGUCAGAAUAUUUACAUAAAAUGUAUGUAAAUAUCUGUUUUCACUCUAAAUCUUCCAAUAAUAUGUCAUAGUAAGAUAGUAUUUAAAUGCUUAGUUUUAUGCUCCAAGCUCUGUAGUUUUCUAUUUUGGGGGAAAAACAGAUGUUUUUAUACAGUUAUUCUAAAGGACAUUUAUACUUGCUAAAAAAUGAUAAACUCUCAGUUGGACAACAGAAGGCCUGUAGUGGAUUGUACACAACAUUGUUUUUCAGGAAAAAAAAAUUCUAAUGUUGAUACUUCUGAGGCCUUAGAAAUUUGUGUAUAAAAUAUGAAACAGUAGGGUUUAUAGGGUUAACUUUAAAAGUCAGUAAAACGGUUCCACACCAGUUUCCGUAAGUUGUUAGUUUAUGCACUUUCUGUUGGGUUUUUUUUCUGCAAAUGCUGACUGUGUGAAAAUACAUUUUGAAACUUGUUAACAUUUUUAAGAGGUGUAAAUAUUUUUAUUAAAAAAUAUUUUCAUGUCAA